AUCAUGUGACCGCCCACCUUAGUCACAUGAGCCUUACUUUGCAUAUGAUUCUGGGUCACAGUGUGGAUCGGCUGAAUGAAGAAAUGGCUCUCGUACGAGGAAGGAACGUUAAAACGGGAAGUGUGCUAGCGACAGCAUUGUCACUACUACUUCCCGCUGUCAUCAUCUGCUCUGUCACGAUCAAACCCCUGCUGUUUGAGGAACAGCUGCUGUGGGUAAGCGGGGUGGAAGGGGAGGUGAAUACGUACAGGAUCCCUCUGAUCACCUUCACCCCCAUGGGAAGUCUUCUGGCUAUUGCAGAGGGCAGGAAGGCAUCAUCCAGCGAUGUGGGGGCAAAGUUCAUUGCCAUACGGCGAUCCACUGACAAAGGAUCCACGUGGUCACCGACCAGCUUCAUUGUUGAUGAUGGACUUAUCAAAGAUGGCCUGAAUUUGGGUUCGGUGGUGGUAGACGAGGAAGCGGGUUUAGUUAUUCUGAUCUACACGAUCUGUUUCCACUUGUACAACUGUAAACCCGCUAGUACCAUGAUGGUGGAAAGCAAGGAUGACGGCCUGAGCUGGAGUUCUCCCAGAAACCUCUCAAUAGAGCUAGGAGUCAAGAAUUUUGCUCCUGGACCAGGUACUGGCAUCCAGAAACGCUAUGAGCCAAACCAGGGACGUUUGGUGGUGUGCGGUCACGGAACGUUGGAAGGAGAUGGCGUUUUCUGCAUCCUGAGUGAUGACCACGGGAAAACAUGGUUCAAUGGUGCAGCGCUCAAAAGCAUCCCUUACAACCAGGAGAAAAGGCCACUAGACUUUAAUCCUGAUGAGUGCCAGCCGUUUGAAAUGACCGACGGAAGCAUUGUCAUCAAUGUCCGAAACCAGAACAACUACCACUGCAGGUGUCGCGUGGUGGUUCGAAGCCGGGACGGCGGAAUGUCCCUGCCCAUAGACGACCUGUACUUCGAUUAUGAGCUCGUGGAUCCCGCAGUAGCAGCCGGGGCCUUUCAGAAAGAGGGAGUGCUCUUCUUCACCAAUCCAUCCCAUGCGCUAUCCAGAAUUAACCUCACCUUACGUUGGUCACUGACUGAUGGGAACUCCUGGGAGAAGGAGGCUCUGCAGAUUUGGCCAGGCCCAAGUGGUUACUCCUGCAUUACGUCGCUGGAUAGUGGCUCUGUGGUCGACCGGAAACACAUCUAUGUGAUCUACGAGAAGGGCCUGAAAGAUUACGAUGAGACUGUCUCGUUUGUCAAGAUCCACCUGUAUGGAGGGCGGUAAUGCACGUGAAUCCAGAGGUGAGGUUAGAUUUGGAGGAGAAAUGAAAAGGCUUACUCAGGAAGGACCAAAAGUGAUUUUUUUUUUUUUCCCCAAAAUAAUUUAGGAUGUUAAAUAUAUGAAAUGUCAACCCCUGGACCAAUAUGGCCAUAAUUCCUUUUCCUUAUCGUGCUUCUAUCUUUUAUUACAUGAAGAUUGUCUUUAUUGAGACAGAACAAUUUUUCGAUGACAAAAAAGGAUUUUACACGUGUUGAUUUGGGGCUGACCACCCAAGAGCCAAGGGACACUAAAGAGUAUGUGUUGAAAAGUAAAUUAUUUAUUUCUACCAUUACUUUCUGGAGUUAAAUUUUCAGUCGUGCUUGGAGUUCAGUAGAAUUGUAUGAGGCUUUAAUGUCACUUAAUUUUAAGUACUUUUAUCCACAUUACUGCAAUUUAUUUGUUUCUUGACUUAGCCCAUCUGUCUUUCAUACAUUCAAGAUGAUUGUAAAAAUGUCUUUAUAAAAUGUAAAAUAAUGCUCGUGGCCUUUUGAUGAACGUACUGUACUUUGGAAUCUCGGGUUAUAAUAGUUUGCUUAAAACCAUAGCUAUGAUUUUAAAAGUGUGCAUGUGUGGGUGAAUGUGAGGGACCUGGAAGUUCUACUUGUGAUGCAAUCAAUGUGUGGGGAAUUUCUUUUGACAUGUUUGCUAUCAUCUUAACCAUUUUGGGAUUUGCACCAGUUUUGCCAAUACCUCUCUGGUCAACCGAAAUAAUAAUAAUAAAAAAAUAUUGUUGCCAAAAUA